CCUCGCAGCGCCAUACGGCGGGUCGCCACCUCCCGACAGUCUGGGACACUCUGGCUGUACCCAGCAGGGGCAGGGAGAAAGAAGCAGAGGGAGUGUCGCUGACCCCUGGGCUUUUCCUCUGCUGGUUGUUCGUUUCCGGCUUCGGGGAGUCUGUGCGCCUGCAGCGCUCCAGGCAGUUUGCGCACCUUCUUAAGUCUGUCACUGAUUCCCUUCCUCUUCCGCUGGUUCGAAGUCUCUGAGGCGCUAGGGCUUUGCGGUGGGAGAGAGGAAAGGCCAGCGUGGCACUCUGGGGAGUUUAGAGCUGUUUCUUCUGAAGUCCCAGGCUCCGCUGUGACUGCACUCGGAAACUUUGAGCUGUUUCGUGUCUUUGUCUUCUUUGGGGAAACUGGACGGCAGUUCGGUAGGCCCUGUCCCUGGCCAGGACCGCGCGCCGGGGACCAUGGAGUUCACGGCGUCGCCCAAGCCCCAGCUGUCCUCCCGGGCCAACGCUUUCUCUAUCGCCGCGCUCAUGUCGAGUGGUGGCUCCAAGGAGAAGGAGGCUGCAGAGAACACCAUCAAACCCCUGGAGCAAUUCGUAGAGAAGUCAUCCUGCUCCCAGCCGCUGGGCGAGCUGACCAGCCUGGAUGCUCACGGAGAGUUCAGUGGAGGCAGUAGCAGCCCAUCCUCCUCCUCUCUGUGCACUGAGCCGCUAAUCCCCACCACCCCCAUCAUCCCCAGCGAGGAAAUGGCCAAAAUUGCCUGCAGCCUGGAAACCAAGGAGCUCUGGGACAAAUUCCACGAACUGGGCACUGAAAUGAUUAUCACCAAGUCGGGCAGGAGGAUGUUUCCAACCAUCCGGGUGUCCUUUUCGGGCGUGGAUCCUGAGGCCAAGUACAUAGUCUUGAUGGACAUCGUCCCUGUGGACAACAAGAGGUAUCGCUAUGCCUACCACCGGUCCUCCUGGCUGGUGGCCGGCAAGGCUGACCCRCCGCUGCCAGCCAGGCUCUACGUGCACCCAGACUCUCCCUUUACUGGCGAGCAGUUACUCAAACAGAUGGURUCUUUUGAAAAGGUGAAACUUACCAACAACGAGUUGGAUCAACAUGGACACAUCAUUUUGAAUUCAAUGCAUAAGUACCAGCCAAGGGUACACAUCAUUAAGAAGAAAGACCACACGGCCUCCUUGCUCAACUUGAAGUCUGAAGAAUUCAGAACAUUCAUCUUUCCCGAGACAGUUUUUACAGCAGUCACAGCCUACCAGAAUCAGCUGAUAACCAAGCUGAAAAUAGAUAGCAAUCCCUUUGCCAAAGGUUUCCGGGACUCCUCCAGGCUCACUGACAUUGAGAGGGAAAGUGUGGAGAGCCUGAUCCAGAAGCAUUCCUAUGCCCGCUCACCCAUCCGUACCUAUGGAGGAGAAGAGGAUGUCCUGGGGGAUGAGACUCAGACAACCCAAAAUCGAGGGUCAGCCUUUACAACAUCUGACAAUUUGUCUCUCAGCUCCUGGGUAUCAUCUUCUUCCAGUUUUCCUGGAUUUCAGCACCCACAGUCUCUGACUGCUCUUGGCACCAGCACAGCAUCCAUAGCAACACCCAUUCCUCACCCCAUACAGGGUUCUCUGCCACCAUAUAGUCGGCUGGGGAUGCCUCUGACCCCAUCAGCCAUUGCGAGCUCCAUGCAAGGGAGUGGUCCAACGUUCCCUUCAUUCCACAUGCCMCGGUACCAUCACUACUUUCAGCAGGGGCCCUAUGCUGCCAUCCAGGGACURCGCCACUCCUCUGCUGUGAUGACACCAUUUGUAUGA